CUUUUUAGCACAAAAUCAUCAUUUCUUAUCCACGUGUUCCCGAACCUUAGGUUCGGUACCCAAAGCAAACAGCUUCGGCUCCCUCCUAAUUUUCUCUUUGCUUUUUAUGCCCUGAAUCUCCCUCUGUAGUAUAGACUCUAGACGGUAGAGUUGCUGCGUCAACGGCGGAGAUUUUUCUUUGGAGUAUAUGAUUGAUUGAGGAAAUAUAAUGGCGAGCGAGGGUGGAGUAAAAUCAACAUUGAAUCCGAACGCGCCGCUGUUCAUUCCGGCGGCUUUUCGUCAAGUAGAGGAUUUUUCGCCGGAAUGGUGGGAGCUGGUGAAGACUUCGGCUUGGUUCCGUGAUUACUGGUUAAACGAACAUCCGGAGGAGAGUUUCGUUGCUGAUGAAGACGAGGAAGACGGUGGAGAUAUUGUCGACUUGAUAUCGGAGACGUUUGAGCUCGGAUUAAACGAAGAUCCGUUUGAGGAAUUGGUUCCUGAUUUUGGUGAUCCGGAGAAAGGAGAAUCGGGAUCCGUCGAUGGUUCUGAGAAGGAAAAGAAUCGCCCAAACGGAAUUCAGAUUGAUGCAAAGGCUGUAUUGAGGAGUCUGAAAGUGGCAGAGUCUCCCAGUGAAAGGAGUCCGAAGUCACCGGCAGGAUCACCGAAGUACGCGGAGAAGCCAGCCAAGUACGUGAGCCCUAAAUGCAGUCCUCGAGUCAUCCACCAACCUCGUUGAAGGAGCUGAGACUAGAGGGGUUCUCUUACCAACUCACCGAGUCACUGACAUGGGUAGUUAAAUUUCUGUGUCACCCCUGUACAUGAAAAAUUGCAACUUUUUCAUGCUUACCUAAAAUGGUCCUUACGUUUUACUCUGUUAAUCUGUUUACUGUUAUGUGAGUCUUUGUGGAAUCUGGUUGUUAGAAAUCGAAAGUUGUGUCUUUGAUUUAGAAUUGUACAUUUGUGUUAGAACUUAAUGGAUGGAGUCAAUGUUAGUAUUCCUGGUGGAAUCAAAACUACCAUUUUGUUUUGUUUUAGAUGUAAUAAUAUUUCCAGUGUUCA